AUGGCAUCCUCUACAUUCUCCAACACCAUCUCUCCCCAUUUUUAUGCCCCCAAAUCUCCAUCUCCCAGAUUCACCACAUCCAGAUCUCUCCAUCUGCCCACCCAGUCGAGGAACACCAAUGUCACAAGGCGAUUUGCAAUCUCUUGUUCUUCAGAUUCCGCAAAUGCUCCCAAAGAAGACACCACCCCAAUUGAAUUAAGGUAUCCUGCAUUUCCAACCAUAUUGGAUAUCAAUCAGAUUCGUGAUAUUCUACCCCACAGGUUUCCAUUUCUUCUAGUGGAUAGAGUGAUUGAGUACAAUCCUGGAGUUUCUGCUGUGGGUAUUAAGAAUGUAACAAUAAAUGAUAACUUCUUUCCUGGACAUUUUCCAGAAAGACCUAUCAUGCCUGGUGUGCUCAUGGUUGAGGCACUGGCACAGGUAGGUGGCUUGGUUAUGUUACAACCUGAAGUGGGAGGUUCUCGCGAGAAUUUCUUCUUUGCCGGUAUAGACAAAGUACGGUUUAGGAAGCCUGUGAUUGCUGGAGACACCUUAGUCAUGAGAAUGACACUUAUCAAACUGCAAAAGCGAUUUGGAAUAGCUAAGAUGGAAGGGAAGGCAUAUGUUGGAGGUGAAGUUGUCUGUGAGGGUGACUUUUUGAUGGCCACUGGAACUUCAAGCGAAUAA